GAAGACCUUUGACGUUUUGGUUGUGAGAGUUCCAUGGCGGACGCUCUGCUCCAUUUCUACCUCACUUCCAACCUUUCUCUUCAAAGCCCGCCGCCACCGGAGCUCCGGUGUGAUCCCGUCAAGCACGCCGCCGCCGCAUCCCCCGUCGUCCGCAGGCCAAUCAUCCGUUUGCCUCGUCUGAAGGCUCAUGGUAUUGUUUCUCAGAAUGAAGGUCCCAAAUGGUGGGAGAGAAAUGCAGGGAAAAACAUGGUUGAUGUGCAUUCUACUGAGGAGUUUUUGAAUCAGUUGAGUGAAGCUGGAGAUAGGCUUGUAAUUGUUGAAUUUUAUGGCACUUGGUGCGCUUCAUGUAGAGCUCUUUUCCCAAAGUUAUGCAGAACAGCUCGAGAUCACCCUGAUGUUUUAUUCCUCAAGGUGGACUAUGAUGAAAACCAGCCAAUGUGCAGGAGACUGAAUGUUAAGAUGCUUCCUUGUUUCCAGUUUUACCGUGGUGCAGAUGGAUUAUUGGAGUCAUUUUCUUGCUCCCUUCCAAGGUUUCAAAAAAUUAUCGAUGCUAUUACUACACAUAACACACCACGGUGUAGCCUUGGUCCACCUUUGGGUAUUGGAAAUAUCGGCCUUGAAGCCUUAAACUUCAUUGGAGAAGUCUGCUGAAACAAGCUCUCCAUUGUAAAAGCCUGCUGAAGCAAGUUCUCGGGAGCGGUAAGGUCAAGUUUUAUAUGUUGGAAGGAAAAAAGAAUAAGACUGUAAACUCUGAAAAUCAGAUGUAUGGUAUGGGUGUAACAAUUUGUGAAUUUUAAGGGAUUUUUUAAUCACUAAUCUUUUUUAUUAUACUAA